GGAGCGCUUUACGCCGGGCGACGCGCGGCGCGCCGUCAAAAGCACGUAACGCGCCGCGCGCGACUCGUCAGUCAGUGUGUCGGCUAACGGCGGUACGGGAACACACCACACACCACGCCGACGCUAAAACGGAAAACCGUUCGUCCGUGGGUUUCGUCGGUUUCGUCGCGCCCGUCCGUCCACCGUCGGUCGUCUGCUGCCCGUGUCCGCCCGCGCGGCUAACACGCCCGCACGCUCGUCCGUCCACACGUCCAACGACCAAACAUAUCCCGGAAAUCGGGCGACGUACGUUCCGGAGACACAGAGAACCGGCCACCGGCGGCCACGGCGGGCGGUGUCGACGGCCGCCGGGCCGGUUUUCGUCGUAAAAGUGGAGGAAGAAGAGGCGGCGGCGGCAACGUCGGCGGCUUCGGCGGCGGUGGUGUUGCGGCGGGUGAACCGCACGUGACGCGGCGCCCCCCGGCCGGCUGCAGAGCGGCGCACCAUGCGACGCGAUGCGGUCCGCCAGCUCCGAACUGUUGCUGGACACCAAGCAGCAGCAGCUCCGCAAGAAGAAGCUGCUGGAAUUAGCGGCGGCCAAGAAGCAGAAGCGUGGCGCGCCCCGGACCCUUCGCGAGAAGGUGUGGUUCUACUCGACGCUGUCGUUCGCCAUGAUCGCCGUCGGAUCGGGCUCGGCACUGCUGUUCCUGGUGCCGCUGUACGUGGACCCGGCCGUGUCAACGUUGCUGGCCGACUUCGUGCCGGAACCAGUGCAGUGCACAACGGUGCGCCGCGAACAGCUGGCCGGCCUGUACAACUGCACGUGGAGCUCGUGCCGGGAGGGGUGCACCAGCGACGUGUACAACUGCAGUCACAUUUACGUGGCGUACAGGACGUCCGCCGGUGGAGUCAGUGGCGUCGAUGGCGGUGGCGGUGGCAUGCAAGUGGCGUCCGGUCGCGGAGGCGGCGGCGACAUGAUCGUGGACGAGGCUGUGCUCCUGGUCAACAUCAAGGGCUGUGGUUACCCGCCGGCCGUGGCCUGUUCCAAUUUCACAAAAGCCUACGGCGUGCCGGGUGCCACGUUCCCGUGUCACUAUUCCCGACAGAACCACACGCUGGCCGUGGUCGGCUACGACAAGCGGCAGCAGUACGCCGACAUCGUCCACUACUUCGCCGUCCCGUUCGCCGUGUGCGUAGUCACGUCCAUCGUGCUGUGCGUCAUGCACUGCGACUGUCAGCAGGCAGCGGCCGCAGCCGCCGGACAACACGCACUGCAGGAACCGUCCAGGAGUUCCGCCGGACACUCACACACCGAGGGCUACAGCGACCACUCGAUAAGCACCCGGGUAGAACGGCUGGACGAGGCAAUAAUGGAAGCGUCCAGAGCACUGCAGGGAGAACCGAGUGGAUUAUGACAAUACUCGGAGACGAGCUGCUGAGUACGUGUACCUCGGCGCAAACUGCAUAUACAAUGCAUAAUAAUACAACAUAAUAAUAUUAUGUAUACUUAUUAUUGUGAUUGUUAUAAUUAUUAUUAUUAUUGUUUAUUACCACUAAAAUCGUUAUUAUUAUACCGCGAUUGUCAUCCAGUGGUGUCUCUGCAGAGUCGAACAGACUUCUAUAUGUACACGCGAGUACGACAAAUACGUCACGUCGUGUACAAACUCGAGUUACUUCAGUUCGAAUCAAGACACUGCAGUCAUUAUACAUUACAUAAUAUUAUACUACACGCAUACACACAUAUUUAUACAAUAUUAUGUGUUUUGAAGUGUACGUUAGCGAAAAAUGUGUACAGUUAUAUAAUUACGAGUUGUUAAGUUUUCAGUUUUGAAACGCAGUAAAAUUAUAUAAUAUACAUUAAGAAUAAAUAUUGAGUGUUGAUUUAGAUAUAAUAUGCGAAUGCGAUACUAUUAUUAUUAUUAUGAUUAUUAUUAUUACUAUUAUUAUUACAAUUAAUAUUAUAUUAUAUAAUAUAAUAAUAACAUAAAAUUGUACAUGUGAACAAUAUAUUUGAGCUUGCAUAUUUUGUACAAUAAUAUUAUUAAUAAUAUAUAUUAUAUAUAUAUAUAUAUAUAAUAUUACGCACAUUUUAACGAAUAAAAAUAAAGUAUAGAACGCCGUUGAUAAUAAAAAAAUUAUAUAAACGAUUUGUUUUA